CCACCCCCCAAUGGACUACUUAGAUGCCACUCAGUCGUAAAGAAACAUCACUUUAGCAGUGGGCUUUAUAAUUUUCUACAGGGAGUGAGUGUACUCAUCCUAGCUAACUGACAGUGUAAAAGGGUUCUUACAGAGGUCCUAUUGGUGGUUACUUUUACAGGACACAUUUAUGGGGCGUAAGUAAGGAGAUUCAACAAGAGCUAAAAACUCAUCGAAAUCAUUUGUAGACAAGAUAGCUUAACAUUAGUAGUGUAGGGUCAUCACUAUCCAAGGACAUGGUCUUGUCGGGGACAGGAUUACCACAGUGUAGACUGUGAUGGAUAGCGACCUAAGUGGAGACGCCACCACUGGAUCUGCAAUUUCACUGGAGAUGAGCAUCAUGGGAAGGUUUUUCAGAACUUCUCACAUUUUGGAGAAAUGUUGAGGAUAAGGACUCCAGCUUGUGAAAAAUAAACUGUGUGGAAAUGACAAGGCCAUAGGUUCCUGUUUUGGAUCACUCUGUAGGACUGAGCCUAUGAGUGAGCCACUAUGGGGGACUGGAACUUGUUGGGCAAGCUGCUGGAGAGUGCCCAGGAGCACUCCAGUGUAGUGGGCAAGGUCUGGCUGACCGUGCUCUUCAUCUUCAGGAUCCUGGUGUUGGGAGCUGCAGCUGAGAAGGUGUGGGGUGACGAGCAGUCUGGCUUCACCUGCGACACCAAGCAGCCUGGUUGUCAGAAUGUCUGCUAUGACAAGACUUUCCCCAUCUCUCACAUCCGCUUCUGGGUGCUGCAGAUCAUCUUCGUGUCCACACCCACUCUGAUCUACCUGGGCCACAUCCUGCACCUGGUGCGCAUGGAGGAGAAACAGAAGCAGAAGGAGAAAGACUUGGCUGCGCAGCUGGCCAUCCACAAUGACAAGCAGCAACUGGUGCCCGACACUAAGCCCAAGAAGCCCCCCGUCAGGGACGAUCAGGGCCGCAUCCGCCUGCGAGGCGUCCUGCUGCGCACCUAUGUCUUCAACAUCAUCUUCAAGACCCUGUUCGAGGUGGGAUUUAUCGUAGUUCAGUACCUGCUGUAUGGGUUUGAGCUGAAGCCACUGUACACCUGUAACCGCUCACCCUGCCCCAACAUGGUGAACUGCUACAUCUCCAGGCCCACAGAGAAGACCAUCUUCAUCCUCUUCAUGCUGGCAGUGGCGUUCAUCUCGCUGCUGCUGAACCUAGUGGAGAUGUAUCACCUGGGGUUCACCAAGUGCCGCCAGGGCCUCCGGUACAGACGCGCCCAGUCCACAUGUGAGGCAGGGUACAAGACCCCCAGCGAGGCAGUGGUGCCCUUUGUCCCGAACUAUAACUACUUCCCCAGGCACCACCCAGCCCCUGAGCCCUACCAUGCAGACCAGUACAUCUUGACUAAGCCUGACUCUGCCUACCACCCCUACAGCAGCAAAGUGGCCUACAAGCAGAACAGAGACAACCUGGCCGUAGAGAGGAACAGUAAACCAGAAGGGAGUGACACCACAGAAAUGAAAGGCUCCAGUUCUGCUCCAGGGUCGCCUGCAGAGAACCAACGGCGACCCAGUCGAUCCAGCAAGCACAGCAAUAAUAAGACCAGACUAGACGAUCUAAAGAUCUGAGGGACAGUUAUGGCGUAUUUCCACCACAGGGUUUUAUACAGGUGCUUGGCCUAAAGAUCCAAACUUUUGUGUUUCCACCUCUGAGGUGGCGGGAAAAAAGUAUUGGGCCUUGGACCUAAUCUGACUUGGGGCCAGACUUGGGACUUGGGGCCAGAGUGGGACUGUCAGAGAGGCAUUCAAGCUGGAAUCCUUAAUGGUGAAACUGCCACGGCCGCUUGCGAUGUUAUAACAAAGAUGUUACUGCAAACAACGAACACUGUUUUUUCCUCCUCUGACAUCAUUGCACGCGGGAUAGCACAUCAGCAUAUGUAUUGACAUUUUUUUGACAAUUUCCCUAGUAUAAAACCAGGGUGUAUACACAACACAGGUAUCAGUCAAAAUGCAGCAUUAUCCCAUUUCUACACCCUAACAUCACCCUGUACCAAAGUAGACAAUGUGCCUUUCAUAGAAAACAUUGUAUCAAGAGAGCAAGAUUAUGGAAGGAACAAUAUGGAAGAUAAUGUUAUCUCCUCUCGUGACAUUCUCUAUCAGAAUGGACAGUCAUGUCUGCCUUAACAAAACAAAAAAUAUACCAGAUUUUACUUGAAUAAGAAACAUUUUAAAGAUAACAUUUAAGGGGUGAAAACAAAGACUUAAAGCAGGAUAAAAUCACCUCAUUUGUCAGGGGCCAGUAACAAAAACCUUUUGUAGAGGUUUACGUUCAUUUUGUUUACUUCUUCGGAGUAGUUCGUUCACAUUAAACAUUUUACUAAUGAAACAGAACUUCAACUGAAAAGCAUCAGAUGUAUGAGGCAUUCACUCAAUGCUGUGUGUCCUAUGUGCAGUGCUGCAAACAGAGGUGGCUUCAUGUUCUUUAGUUAUGUUACUGUACAGACCAAUCCCGUGGCCAGCAGACAAGACCCAAGUAUGACUCACACAGCUCCCAGAGGUAAAGGGUACUCCCUGGACAGGUGCUAUCUCUCUAUCUGGAGAGGGUUGCCAGGGAGUCUGUAUGCAAAGAGAGAGAGGCCAAUCGAACUCCAAAGUUUGAUUAAUUUUUUUGUUUGGGCAUAAAAAUAGCAACAGUUGGAGGUUUUCUCCCAUCAGCCAAACAUUUGCCAUGUAGAGUAUAAUAUUUCAAAGUGUUCAAGGCACGUUGUUUUCUUAUGAACCCUUAACAUGCUGAUUAUUCUGACUGGAAAUAAUGACAACGCAAAUGCUUGUUUGUUUGAUAUCGCUGUAUAAUCAUUUGGCAGACUACAUACCAGAAAGAGUUUACGUUUGUCUGUAAGAUACAGCAUGCAUUUAACUGAUUUUACAACCAUGAGUAAUGAAUUGUUUUUUAAUGAAAUAAUUUGUACAAGACAUUCAUUCUCGAUUCUAUAUGCAUUCUUUAAUUAGAAAAAGACAGAAAAUAAACGUUAUAGUACAUAUUCAACUUUUCUCAAGACAUUCAGGACUGAAAAUGCAAUAAAACAUACUAUUUUGUCAAUUAAAGACAAUCUAAGCAGGAUCAAAAUGAGAAGUAAAUAAAAACUAUUCUAUCA